AGCAAAGUUUGUGUUGUACUUCGUUGUACUUACAUACAUAAAAGUCUGUCGGCGACAUUGGAUAAUUAUCUGUCUUUGACCAACUGCCCAGGGAUUAAAUAUUGGAUUGUUGGCUAGACUGAAAGCUUCAGUGCAGAUAUACCAUUAUUAUAAGUCUGUCUGAUUCAAAGCACAGUAGACAGUUACAGGAUGGCUUCCAUUUCAAAACAGCUAUGUUCCAGACUUUUGUCAUUCAGUGCUAGGCCAGGAAGCAAGAGAAACUUUACAAGAACAACCAGAUGUUUGACAGCUAAAAUUAUAGAUGGCAAAAAAAUGGCACAGACUAUCAAAGAUGAAGUUAAAGAGGAGGUAGCCAAGAUCACAGCCACGGGUAAACGCCCGCCACAUCUAAGUGUUAUACUGGUUGGAGAAAACCCUGCAAGCAAAACAUAUGUCAAGAAUAAAUUCAAGGCAGCAGAAUAUACAUGUAUAAACAGUGAACUGAUCAAUUUACCAGCAGACACAAAAGAAGAAGAAUUACUGUCCUUGAUCAAUAAACUAAACAAUGAUGACAAUGUUGAUGGGGUGUUAGUGCAGUUACCUGUACCAGAUCAUAUCACAGAGAAAAGGGUUAUGAAUUCAGUAGCACCACAUAAAGAUGUUGAUGGUUUCCAUACAUUGAAUGUAGGUUGUUUCUGUGUUGAUGAGAAAGCUUUUAUCCCUGCUACUCCUGCUGGUGUUAUGGAAAUGCUUCGAAGAACAGGAAUAGAAACAUUUGGUAAGAAUGCAGUUGUAUGUGGAAGGUCUAAGAAUGUUGGUAUGCCACUAGCGAUGUUACUACAUGCCGAUGGUAAAUACGAAACUAAAGCAGGUGAUGCUACAACAACAAUAUGCCACAGGUAUACUCCCCCUGAACAGCUUAGAAAUUUCACAAAGACUGCAGACAUCAUCAUCGUGGCAACAGGAAUACCAGGUCUUGUAACAGCAGACAUGAUCAAAGAAGGUUGUACAGUGAUUGACAUUGGGAUCAAUCGUGUGAAAGAUGAACGAACAGGAAAGAUGAAGCUUGUUGGAGAUGUUGAUUUUGAAGAUGUAAGUAAGAAAGCUGGGUAUAUCACACCUGUUCCUGGUGGUGUAGGACCAAUGACAGUUGCUAUGUUGAUGAAGAAUACUCUCCAAGCUUACAAGAAGGAAAUCAAUUUUGACCACUACAAAUCAUCACUUGGCAUUUCUUGAUGUAAAUUACAGUUUAGCACACACAUAGAAGCCAAAUUUCAGGUAAACAUGAUGCCCGAACAAAUGCCAUAAAUGUAUGAAGUGUAAGAAGAACAUUACAAGUCAUGGACAUUCUUGUCGAAAGAGUGUGUUUUUUUUUGUUGUUGUUUAUUCAUUUUAAUUUUGCUUUUAUUUGGUAUCGAAUACAUUAAUUAAUCCCCCGCCGUGGCGGAGGGAUUAUAGGAAUGGUCUGCGUCCGUCUUUCCGUCCGUCCGUCCUUCUGUCCGUAACAAAAUCGUGUCCGGUCCAUAUCUCCUAAACCCCUUGAAGGAUUUUCAUGAAACUUGGGUCAAAUGAUCACCUCAUCAAGACGAUGUGCAGAACCCAUGAGUCAGCCUUGUCGGUUCAAGGUCAAGGUCACAACUCAAGGUCAAAGGUUUGAGCCUGCCAUUUUGUGUCCGCUCUAUAUCUCCUAAAUCCCUUGAAGGAAUUUUAUAAAACUUGGGUCAAAUGAUCACCUCAUCAAGACGAUGCAGAACCCAUGAGUCAGCCAUGCCGGCUCAAGGUCAAGGUCACAACUCAAGGUCAAAGGUUUGAGCCUUCCAUUUUGUGUCCGCUCUAUAUCUCUUAAACCCCUUGAAGGAAUUAUAUAAAACUUGGGUCAAAUGAUUACCUCAUGAAGAUGAUGUGCAGAACCCAUGAGUCAGUCAUGCCGGCUCAAGGUCAAGGUCACAACUUAGGGUCAAAGGUUUGAGCCUUCCAUUUUGUGUCCACUCUUUAUCUCCUAAACCCUUUAAAGGAUUUUCAUCAAACUUGGGUCAAACGAUCACCUCAACAAGGCGAUGUGCAGAACUUAUGAGUCAACCAUGCCAACUCAAGGUCAAGGUCACAACAAAGGGUCGAAGGUUUGAGCCUUCCAUUUGGUGUCCACUCUGUAUCUCCUUAACCCCUUGAAGGAUUUUCAUCAAACUUGGGUCAAAUGAUCACCUCAUCAAGAACUCAUGAGUCAGCCAUGUCAACUCAAGGUCAAGGUCACAGCUGAAGGUCAAAGGUUUCAGCUCUGUAUCUCCUAAACCCCUUGAAGGAUUUUCAUGAAACUUUGGUCAAAUGAUCACCUCAUCAAGACGUUGUGCAGAAUUCAUGAGUCAGCCAUGUCAGUUCAAGGUCAAGGUCACAGCUAAAAUCAAAGGUUUACCCUUUCACUAUCCAUAGCAGUGGCGGGGGAUUUAGCUGUCUUUCAGACUGCCUUGUUUAUUUUAGGUUUGUGCAUUGUUUUGACUUUGUUAUGAAUAUACACUCUAGUUUACAUAAUAAUUAUGAGUUUUGAUCAAAUGGUUUAUUGUUUUCAUUAUUCUGCUUCAUGUUUUACUUUAUAUUAUGAAGAGUUUAAAUAGCCUUAAAAUUUUUGAUCAUUUUUAUUUUACCACACUGGUGAGAGUAUUAAUGUGCUUCCAACUUAGUAUAGGAUGUGGUGUUGUUAGUGCUAUGUGCUUUGACCUUUUGCUAUAAAUUUACCUGCGAGUGACCAAUGUUUUGACUGCUUGUAAGAAAAAAAUUGUUUAUAAUGUUAAUUCCAGAUAUACAUAGAAGGGUAAAAUAACAUUUUAAAAGGUUAAAUGGAGGGCAGUAAUUAUAGAUUUUCUCAGCAUUACAAACAUCAGCAUUACAGUUUUAACUAACUUUUCAAAAAAAUGUAGAGCUAUUGCACUCGCCCCAGCAUUGGCGUCCGCAUCACCGUUUGUUAAAGUUUUUGAUAAAGUCUAAUAUUUCUGUUUCUAUCAAAGCUAUUGACUUGAAACGUAAAAUUUCAAAGUCUACAUCAGGAGAAACAAUCCCAUAACUCUGAUUUGAUUUUGACAGAAUUAUGCCCCUUUUUAACUUAGAAUUUUUUGGUUAAAGUUUUUAAUAAAGCCAAAUUUCUCUGUUACUUUCAAAGCUUUUGACUUAAAACUUAAAAUAAGUAUUAACUGUUAAAGUCUGCACCAGGAGAAACAAUACCCAUAACUCUGUUUUUAAUUUUGACAGAGUUAUCCCUUUUUAACUUAGAAUUUUUUGGUUAAAGUUUUUUCUGGCAAAGCUCUAAUUCAGAGUCAAGCACUGAGAAAAGUCAAGCGCGCUGUCUUACAGACAGCUCUUGUUAUUCCUAGUUUCAAAUUAAGUGUAGACCAUGCUUAUGUCAGUGGGUAGGACUGUCUGUUGGUAGACAUCAGUAACUAGGGCAUGCUUUUUUAUACAGUGGUCACACUUCAUAGAAUGAUUGGCUGUGGUCAAUAAAUAGCCCCUCUUGUUUUGGGGUCAAAGUUUAGGUCAAAGAUCGAGAUCAAAGAAAGUGGACCUAUGGUUGUCAGACUUCACGAGAUGAUGCCUUUUGUCAGUACAUGACCUUAAUUGUUUUAGGGUUAUUAGUUCUUCAGUUCUUUAAGACAUUAAGAAUGAAAAUGGUUUAUGAUCAUUAAAUGGACAGCCCUUGCGUUUAAACUUCAGAGUGAUUGCCUUUGGUCGGAAGAUGAUCUCUCUUUUUGGUGCAAGCAUGUCAAAGUUUAAGACAGUAACAAUUUCAGGUUGAUAAUUUGGGAAUGCUUGGACUUUGUAUUUUAGGAUCAUUUUGAUAAAGGUCAGCAUCACAGUAUACUUCAGACGGACAAUUACACCUCCUGUUUUCUUUGACAAGUCAUCAUAUGGGGUAUAUAGGUUUUACAAACAGCACUUGUUAGUGUUUGUUUUGUUUAUAUUAGAUUUUCAUUUAUGUUUUUUCUUUGAAUUUAAGAGGACAUAUCACAUAUCAAAUUGUAUUUUAUGAAUUAAAGAUGCAAAUGUUAUUUGUGAAAAAUGGUGUUUUUAUAUUAACCACUUAAAGACACUUACAAGAGGUAUAACCUAUCAAUUUUUACAGCCUUUUAUUAAAUAGUGACAUUGUUUUCUGUUAUAUGCAGGUGACAUGUCACUAUCAGGUCGUAAAAUCGACCUAUGAUUUUAAUUUAUCUAUCUUUGUUACUUGUUGUAUUGUAGAAUCUGGUAAAUAAAGAUAUGCACUCAUUGAUAAUGCUUUGUGCCUAAUUUUACAAAUUAGGGCAAUGCUUAUCCCAGUCAAAAAAAAACAAAAGUAGUAUUCCAACAUUUGUUGUAGACUGCCUCCAUUUAUUUUAUUGAGUCGGCUAAACGAUGUAAUCGUUUUGACGAGUCCUUGCUAUCCAGCGAUUCUCUAAGUCUAAAUGGACCAAAUAACACAGUGAAGCGAUGUAGUUCCAUUAGAUUUCUCAAACUUCAAACAGUUCACUGCAAGAAUGAAAUUAAGUUGCGUGAAUUCCCUUUGCUAUGACCAAUAUACGAUGUAAUCUGUCAUAUUUAUGACUUGUAAUUGUGCAAUACUCGAAUGUAACUCAUUAAGCAUAAAUGUGCAUUUUAUGAAUUGCGCAGGCUUACAAAGCUUGCGUAACAUCCAGCGAAAGACAAAAAAUAGUUCCACUGGGCUCCAGAUAAGAUGCGUAUUAGCGUAAAUUACGUAUAGAAAUAAUGCAGAUACGCAUGUCUAAUAAUUUCUAAACGUAUAUAAAAUUACAGAAAUGCACACAAUGCUUUUUUAAAAACAAAAUCUGAAUCAUCUGGAUGCGUUAGAUAACAUAGCCGAUCCCGAUCAGCCUUAAUUCUCCCACAUUGAACGUAUACACGCAUCGUAUGAUUUCUAUAAACUUUGCGUGGGUUUCUACACACACACGUGAAUUUUGCAGUCAGUAAACGGAUAAAUUAUCGGAAGAAGAAGCUCUUACUGGUUUGUUUAGUUACUACAGAUAUUAAAAAUGAUUUUAAUUCUUAUUUUUCGAGAAAUAAACAAAUCGGCGAAACAUUAAAUUGUAUUUUCUUGUAGUUUUUGAAAUCGAAAGUAGAUCGUCUAUGUUUGGCGAAAUGAAACAACUUUUUAUGAAAAGAUUUAAAUAAGAGGUAAUUUAACCGUAAACUUCAAUGUCAGAUACUGCCAAUUGCUGCUAAAUGUCUUCGUAUCAUCACAAUUUGUAAAAUAUAUUGUUCAAACUGGAGAAAAGUGUAAUCGUAUCCGGAUAUAAUAUUUUGGGUAAAUAUCGAGCUGUGUUAUGAAAUUUUAAGAAAAAAAAACUAAAAACAAACUGAAACUGGUAGACUAUACUGUCAGUACAUCAAUCAUUAGCCGACUCAGGCCAUUCAGGCCUUUGAUAAUUGACUUCACAAAUGUGAACAUGAUUGAUUGUAAACAAUAUAAGCGUCUUCUUUUUCUAAUUUAAUUUUUAUCAUUCAAAUAAAAUGAUUAAGUUGUCCUGUACUGUUUUCAACAUUUCAUGUAAAACACAGUAGUCUCCCAUUUUUUUCUCCCUCAGGUAGAAUUCCCAUGCAUACAAUGAUCACCAAAAUACUGUGUUGUAAUACGAGUAAUGUACUAGUUUUAAGUUUUAUUUAUUGUUACUAAAACUAUUCAGGCAAAAUAGAUGUUGGAAAAUAAUCAUGUGUAACCAAACAGUACAUGUGAAAAGCAACCAUUCAUCAUCAGUCACAGCCUAUAAAACAUUAGCAUUGACCGAUUCUUCCAGUUUUGAUAAAGAUGGUUGAUAGGUUUUUAGCUGCUACUUUCUUUAGAUAUUUGCACCAUGUCUAAUUUGAAGAUGAAACUAACAGUAAAAAUUAUACAUGCACUUACGAUCACUAUCUGAAUGAUGGUAGCACCCUAUGCGCUUGUUUUAAACAAUAUUUUAUUCAUAUACAUACAUUUUCAACAUGAAACGCUACAUAAUUAAGGCAUGAAGGAUUGAGUAGAAAGCUAAGCUUAUUUGAAACUCUCCCUUUGUGAAGUCAGUUCUAAAAUAAAUGGAGGUAGUCUACAACAAAUGUUGGUAUAUUACAUUUGUGUUCUCGACUGGGGAUAGCAUUGUCCAAAUUUUUUUUAAUUAAGCACAAAACAUUAUGCGUUUACUUAUAGUGUAGGCUAAUGUUCCAAUAUGUGCUUAUUUACCAUGUUCUACAGUAUUAUUCAACUGAUAUUUAUGGUUUCUACUGAUUUUGGAACAUUAUAUAUCCACAACCAAGUUUGUGUUUUUGUUUGACCAGGAUGAUGAAAGUGCCUUAAAUGCUCUACCAUAGCGAUCAAGCUAAGAUAUCUACGUAUACAAAUGUUGUUUUAUAGUCCCAGUGCUGUUGUAUUAUAUAGUUAAUGUUGGUAGUCUUUAUAGUGUUCUGGUUUUGUAAUGAAGAAUUUUGAUUUAAAUUUGUGUAUUUGUUAGAGGCAGCUCUAAAUGCCUGUAGCUUUUUAUCACUACAAUACAGGUGUACAUACUGUUGUUAGAUAAUUAAUAUGUGCUCUUUUUGACUAAACAGAACAAAAUAUAUUUAGAUCUUUAUGGGCAGAUCGUCAGUCAUGAGCAGAUGGAAUUGGUGUCCCCCUCAAUUACAAGAGUUUUUCUAUUGGAACUAAAUCAGAUUUAUAAAAAAUGUGUAGCACUAUCAGAUCCAGGUCAAGUUUGAUAUCCAGCUAGUUUAGAACAGUAUCUCUGGAGUCAUUGUCCUUGAACUAGUCAAAAUUGCACCAAAAUUGUGAAUAAUUGAUAGUCUAGUCAAUAACUCGAGUACAGGUGCUAUUCUUUGUUAUCAGUUAUACAAAAUAUGUGCAACUAUAAAGUCUGGGUAAAGUGUGAUAUCCAGGCUUUUCAGACCAAAGUUAUUGCCCUUGACUCUUAAAAUUCCAAAAGUUGACAAUGUCUGCUCAGUGCUUUCAUUUAUUUAUUAAUAUAAAUUAAGCCAAACGUUCACAGAUUAUAGAUAACUGUAUUGCCAAGUUAUGUGUAAUUCAUCCUUAAAUAUGAAGUUUUACCUGUUAAUACUUUGGAAAUGUUUCUUGUCUCUGUAAAUUUCAUUUUUUAUCUACCUGUUAAUUUUAUUGUACCCCCCGACAACAAAGUUGUAAGGGGGGGUAUACUGGUUUCAGGUUGUCUGUCUGUCUGUCUGUCUGUCUGUCUGUCUGUCCGUCUGGUCGUCUGUCCGUAGACGCAAUCUUGUGCGCACCAUCUCUCCUUAUCCCCUUGACAGAAUUUAAUGAAACUUCACACAAAUGAUCAGUGCCAACAGUAGUUGUGCAUGGGGCAUGUUAGGUUCUUUGUUAGGUUCUUUUAGAAAAAAAAUUUGCAGAGUUAUGGGACUUUGUUUUUUUGUUACUAUACUAUAUACAUAGACACAGUCUUGUGCGCACCAUCUCUCCUCAUCCCCUUGACACAAUUUAAUGAAACUUCACACAAGUGAUCAGUACCAACAGUAGUUGUGCAUGGGGCAUGUUAGGUUCUUUUAGAAAAAAAAUUGGCAGAGUUAUGGGACUUAGUUUUUUUGUUACUAUACUAUAUACAUAGACACAAUCUUGUGCGCACCAUCUCUCCUCAUCCCCUUGACACAAUUUAAUGAAACUUCACACAAGUGAUCAGUACCAACAGUAGUUGUGCAUGGGGCAUGUUAGGUUCUUUUAGAAAAAAAAUUGGCAGAGUUAUGGGACUAUGUUUUUUUGUUACUAUACUAUAUACAUAGACACAAUCUUGUGCGCACCAUCUCUCCUCAUUCCCUUGACACAAUUUAAUGAAACCUCACACAAGUGAUCAGUAACAACAGUAGUUGUGCAUGGGGCACGUUAGGUUUUUUCAGAAAAAAAAUUUGCAGAGUUAUGGGACUUUGUUUUUUUGUUACUAUACUGUAUACAUAGACACAAUCUUGUACGCACCAUCUCUCUUCAUCCACUUGACACAAUUUAAUGAAACUUCACACAAGUGAUCAGUAACAACAGUAGUUGUGCAUGGGGCAUGUUAGGUUCUUUCAGCGACAAAAAUUGCAGAGUUAUGGGACUUUGUUUCUUGUUAACAUACUAUGUACAUACAGUCUGCAUAUGCAAUCUUGUGCGUGCCUGAUCUACCAAACCCUUACACACAAUUUAAUGAAACUUCACACAAGUGAUCAGUACCAACCCUAGUUGUGCAUGGUGCAUGUUACAUUCUUUUAGAUAAAUAUUCUGCAUAGUUAUGGGACUUUGUUUUUUGUUACUAUACUGUAUACAUACAGUCCACAUAAUAAUGCAAUCUUGUGUGCGUCAAAUUGCAAUGUACUGUGUCAGUGCAUGCGGGGGGUACAUUCAUCACCUUUAGUGAUAGCUCUAGUUUCUUAUACUCUACUGUCUUGAUUAGAUACAAUCAUGUUAAUAAUAAUUACUUUCCAUUUAUUUUCACAGUAUUUUGUUGUACUGAAAUCAAUUUUUCAUUGAUUCUUACUGCAGUCCAGAUUAAACGAGACAUAGAGUUUCUAUAAAAAUACUUAAAACGAGAUUAAAGUUUAAUUUAGUUUCAUAGAAUAUUGCUUUUGGAAAUGUUUUUUUUUGCUUUGAUGAAAGCCUAUGUUGUGAUGUAAGAGUGCCCAGUUGACAAUUGUGUAAUAUAAUUGUGUAGGAUUUCUCCUUAAUAUAAUUGUGUAGAAUUUCUCCUCAAUAUAAUUGUGUAGAAUUUCUCCUCUGAACCAAACAAUUUUGAAGGACUUUUUCAGAGGUAGAUUUUAUUUUGGGUUUGAUCUAUCUCAGACAAUUAACAUGGGGACCACAUUCUUAUUUGUUUCUACCUUGUUCAGGCAUGUUACCUCAUGGUAGCAUAAUGAAUAUAGGGACCAGACAUUCAUGUUCUAAAUACAGUUUCAGACUUAAGAUUUAGAAACUAAAAAAUCAGUUUUGGCUAAACUUCUUUGGUAAUGCAUUUUUCCUGCAGAAAGUUUUCACACCAAUGUUUUAGCACAGAAACUUUCCACAAGCAAAGACUUUGUGUAAUAUAAAUGUUAAAUCAGAUCGAACUACAGCAAAUUUAAAAUUAAGCAUUUUAGUGUCUCUGGUCUUAAUAUGAGGUGAAUAUUCAUAUAGCGUCUUAGAAGCAAAAUAUUUCUAAGAUCAGAAUUUAUGAUUUUCUUAUAAUUUAUAACCAUUCUUAUAUUUUAUUUAGCUUAUAUUUUCAUUCAGUAGUAAGAUGGAUUCCAAAUCUGUUGAGCAUCCACUUAAUACUUCAUAGAAAAUUUAGUGAAAGCAAGAAAAUUCAUGUGUAAGAUUUAUGAAAACUUGUCUUAAGGUUUAACUUACAAGCUUUAAGACUGUGGGUUCUGAAUAUUUUGUAUGAAAUUGUAGUUUAGUGUUUUGAUAAAUGUUUACAAAGUAGAAUCUCAAUGUUUGAAUACUGGUAAUCAUGUCCCUGGUGAUUUCUUAGUCAGUUUUACUGUAUUAAUAGCAAGACAAAUAUUGCAUGAAAUUUAAUUAUUAUAAACUGUAUUAUUUCAGAAGCAUUUCAUUAUUAUAAACUGUAUUAUUUCAGAAGCAUUUCAUUAUUAUAAACUGUAUUAUUUCAGAAGCAUUUCUGAUGCAUACCAGUGAUUUAUAAACACUGGCUAAAAAUGUCUUCAACCUCUGGGUAUAGUAUAAUUGCUGUGCUGUAAAUUGUUAUACAGAACUGCAUUUAUAAAUGAGAAAGUCAUAUGUUGUUUUUUUAUUAGCUUUCCUGAGUACAAAGUGCUCAAGGUGAGGUAUUGUGACCAGUCAUUGUCAAGCGUUCAUCGUCAGUUGUCCGGUGUCCGUCAACACAGUUGUGAUCCAAUCUAUAUGAAACUUGGUCAGAAUGUUUGUCUUGCUGAUCUCUAGGUCAAGUUCGAAACUGGGUCAUGUAGGGUCAAAAACUAGGUCAAUGGGUCAAAUCAAAGGAAAAGCUUAUGAACACUAGAGGCCACAGUUGUGACCCAAUCUUUAUGAAACUUGAUCAGAAUGUUUGUUUUGAUGAUUUCUAGGUCAAGUUUGAAUCUGUCUCAUGUGGGGUCAAAAACUAGGUCACCAAGUCAAAUCAAAGAAUAAGCUUGUUUACACCCUAAGGGGCACAUUUUUUACUCUAUCUUCAUAAAACUUGGUCAGAAUGUUUGUUGUCAUGAAUUCUUGGAUGAUUCCAAAUCUGAGUCACGUGGGGUCAAAAACUAGAUCACUAGGUCAAAUCAAAGGAAAAGCUUUUAUACACUCUAGAGGCCACUUUUUUGCUCCAAUCUUCCCGUAACUUUGUCAGAAUGUUUGUUUUCAAAAUGUUCAAAUCUGGGUCAUAUGAGGUAAAAAACUAGUUCAGUAUGUCAAAUAAAAGAAAAUGUUUGUUUACACUCGAGAGGCCAAUCUUAAUGAAAAUUGGUCAGAAUAUUUGUCUCCAUGAAAUCACUAUGUAAAAGAUGUUUACACUGUUAUGGUGUGUGACUCAGGUGAGUGACCUUGGGCCAUCUUGGCCUUGUUUCUUCUUUUUUAGAAGGGAGUAUAGAGAAAUAUCACAGGUUUUAUUUGCAGAUUGGAAUAUCCAGCUCUUUGAUGUAACUGUUUUAGCAGUCUUAUUUAUAGCAAACCAGUUACUCUGCAACCAUGUAUUCCUAUCUGCAUUUAUACCAGUGGAAGAUUCUUACAGUAUUGAUACAAAUUAAAAUGACGCUUUUCUAUGAAAAUUUGGUGGUUUUAUUUUACACUGUCAUAUAAUUUAGUACAUUUAUUAUUGUACUACUGAUGUGUAACAUUUGUUUCUCUCCUAUUUAAAGCAAUAAUUAUAUUGAGAGAAAAAAAAGUUUGUAGAUAAUUCGAUUUUUGUAUAAGGGUGCAGCAUAGCUUUUUUUUUUUGUUAUGCAGUAUAUUUUAUUUUAAGUGGUUUGGUUUUUAUUUGCCUGAUUAUUCGAAAGGUAGAGCCAUUGCACUCAUCCAUUUGUCUGCAUCAGUGUCCCAACUGUGUUUUGCUUUUCUACAAAAUUAUGCCUCUUUUCUGAAUUUGUUAGUAAGCUUGUCUAUGCUGUGUUGAUGCGCCGUAAAACCCAACUAAAUAAAGUAAGCUUGUAUAUAGAUACCCGCUUAUUGGAAAUGGACUGAACUAUCGUUUUACAAUUUUACAGAAUUAUGCCCCUUUGUUGACUUUCGUAUUCAUUCAUUUAGAUUCUUUGGUGACAGGGCUGUUGAAUAGUCAAGUGUUGCUGUCCUCCAACAGCUCUUGUUAUGUUUAGAACAUAUCAAAUAUUACCUUGCAGCCUUUACAGUUUUAGUACUAUUUAAUAUAGACCGAAUACUAGUUAUGGUGAACCAAGAGUGCAUACAUAAAGAAGCUCCUAUUUGCAUUUUUCUGUUUACUUGAACUGGCAGCUACAAUUAGUGGAUUGUUAUUUAUUGGUGUUUUUGUGGCAAGCUGAAAUCAUUUUGGAGCAAAAUUUUGUUUUUUGCCAUACUUAAUCAUAUCAUUUAUUCUACUUUUAUCAGUGUGUGAAAUGAUUGUUGUGCUGCUGUGUUGUAUUAGUGAGAAAGUACUGUCACAGAACAUUGAAAUCCUGUUGUCUCAAGUUCUUCAGCAAAGUAUAUUAUUAGCCUGUUUCAUAUUUGGAGAUAUUGUAAUUUAUGUAUGGAACAAGUUAGCCCCUCUGGUUGUAAAUCUGUAAAUAUGGUUGAGUGAGCACCAUUAUGUGAUUAGAUCACAGUUGAAAUAUAGCAUUAUAUACUGUACAAGAAAAAAAAGCUAUAGGUAGGGGAAUCAUUCUGUCUUCUUUAUUUUCAAGUAAGCCGACAUAUAUACUUGGCUUAUCAGUGACAUCUACAGACAUUGAACAGCAAUUUUUAAUGCCAGGCGGCAGACAGACAGGUGAUAAGUAACCAUUUUUAACUAGCUGAUGGUUCACAAAGCUGUCUUAAGUAAUAAGACCGGCAUCUGACAGGACUUGAACAUUUUAUAUGGCCAUCUAAUUCAUUAAACCACUUCUUUGACCAAGUUGCUUAAUUUUUUAUUGGCAUCAGUUUAUGUCAUAUCCUCUUUUUAAUGUAGAACAUUUGAUGAGUUUUGUUUGCAACUUUUAAGCUGUAUCUCAGUGACAACUACAUAGAUUGAAUUGAAACUUCACACAAAGUAUCAUUCUCAUUAAAAUUGCAUAUAACUUUCUCGUGUAAACAAAUUAGAGAACUUUUGGUUGAAAUUAAUUCAAUAUAGGACUCUUAUUUGACUUAGUAAAUUUGGUUGAAUUUGAUGUUAUUGCCAUGAUAAAAUUUUAAUUUUUGUCUUAAAUUAUAAUACAAUAACCAUUAUGUAAUCUGACUAUACUGAAAGUGAUGUCCCUUGUUUGACUUUUGGGAUAGUCAAGCACACUGUCUUGUAUUAUAUUAAAUUACUAAAUUGUGACAGUAAGAUUGUAACAUGUUCCUAGUCAGAUAUUUUAUUGUAGUUGGAUUUAAUGUAUUUUAGAUUUUUAAUAUGUUAUUUGUAAAAGUCCUUUCUUCACUAUAACAUUUACUUGAUACUAGUUGCUCUCAGUUUACUUUUUAGUCUCCAGCUUUUUAAAAAAAUACUCUUUAGCAUUUUAUUUGAUGUUUUCGUUUUAUUAUAAAUCCUGCUAUCUUAGCUAUGCUGUGCUGUGUUGAUAAUAUUCUUGUUGAAGAGUGAAAUAAAAGUAUGAAAGAUG